AUGCCUUCACGUCGAAGGCUAGAGUGGGAGUUUCCCACCUUGGUAGAGGGCGUCAACCCUCUUACCAGCCGCCUAAACACCUCGCCGUCGCCGUCGCCGUCGCCGCCGCCGCCCUCGCCCUCACCCUCGACCCCCGCGCCGUCCGUCGCCUCCUACGAGUCCGAGGAGGACAUUUUCCCUUUUGAAAUGGACUCCCCCGCUCCCGCCGUCGCCGCCGCGGCGUCGCUGUCUCCGCCGUCGGAGCAGCUCAAGAAGGCGAAGAAGAGGAAGGUCUUGCUGAUGGGCAAGAGUGGCUCUGGAAAGAGCAGCAUGAGAAGUAUCAUCUUCUCAAACUUCCUGGCUGUCGACACCAGGCGCCUCGGCGCGACGAUUGACGUCGACCUGUCGCACGUCAAGUUCCUCGGCAACCUGACCCUGAACCUGUGGGACUGUGGAGGCCAAGAGGCCUUCAUGGAGAACUACAUCAACCAGCAGCGCGCGCACGUCUUCAGCCAUGUCGGCGUGCUCAUCUACGUCUUCGACAUCGAGAGUCGUGAUGUCGAUCGGGACCUCGCUACUUACGUGUCCAUCGUCUCCGCACUCGCCCAGUACUCCCCGGCUGCGAAGGUCUUCGUCCUGGUCCACAAGAUGGACCUCAUCAUGCCGAACAUGAAGGAGUCGGUCUUCAACGAGCGCGUCCGUCUCGUCCGUAGCAAGACCUCUGAGGCCCUGCAGAACAUUGCCGGCCUGGUCGGUCCUGCCCGGCUGGACAUCCAGCCCUUCGCCACGUCCAUCUGGGACCAGUCUCUCUACAAGGCUUGGUCCUCUAUCAUCCACGACCUCGUCCCCAACCUUUCCUUAAUCGAGCAGGAGCUGGGCGCCCUGGGCAAGGCUAUCGAGGCCGAGGAGAUCCUCCUGUACGAGCGCACCUCGUUUCUCGUCGUCUCUUCCUGGCAGUCCGAGGAGGGCGCGCGCAACCCGCACAAGGACCGCGAGGAGCGGCUCUCCAACUUCAUGAAGACUUUCAAGAACCGGCUCGCCUCGUGGACCGGCACCUCGCGCAACUCAGACCAGUUCAAGGAGAUGGAGAUCAGGCUCGGCACCCUCUUCCACUUCGUCAUCAUGACCUUCACCACCAACACCUACAUCCAGCUUGUACUCCCGCCUGGCGAGGCGCGCCUCAAUGCCGCGAAGCUCAACGCUCGGAUCGCGUCAUCGUACUUCGAGCGGCUCGACGCGCCACCGGCCAAGGAUGCUAAGGGCUCCGCCGUUGGUUCUGCUAAGGGCAGUGACACUAAGGGAGUCUCUGCAGGCAUGGCCGGUCUGGAAAUCAGCGGUGACGAGCAAGCACACGCCCAGGACGACGACCGCGACUUCGGCGCGCAGCAGCCCAGCGGCCCAUCUACCGCCCCUGCUGCCUGA